AUGGCAGGGCCAGCUGCUGACUCUGGCCAACAGCACCGCGGUGGCCUUGAAACCAAGGACCUCGCGUCCACAGUGGCUCGGAACACCAGCGACAGUCAGCCACUGGAGGGGACUAACCUAAUGGGACCUCCCCGCAAAUCUCUGUUCCCACGCUCUUGUCACUAUUUGACGUGCCCGGUGACUCCACCCCCGGGCUCGUCCAUCACUGACCAGUGUGCUACUGUCACUCACGAUGUCCAUGAAAAGAAGACAGAAAGUCAUCCAACCCCACCUGAUGGAUUCUUGCCAAAAGCUGCUGCGCCAGAAGUUACGAACAGGGCAGGAGCUGGUAUUCCACCCAACCAACUGGAAUCUCCCACUGAUGACUUCACUAAAGAUGGCCUGAUUCCCAAACCUGGCAGUAAUUCACUUGGAGGAGGAACCAAAAACUGCAGAGGCUCUGCAGGUGACCCAAAAGGUCCAGCAAUGUCUUCACCAGGAGCAGUGCCAAAUACAUUGCAAAUAAGUCCUGCUGUGGCAAAGAAAAUUAAUGAUGAGAUAAAAUAUCAAUUAAUGAAGGAAGUUCAGAAGUUUGGGCGAAAGUAUGAAAGGAUUUUCACUUUGAUUGAAGAAGUGCAAGGACCUCUUGCAGUCAAGAAACAAUUUGUUGAAUUCACCAUCAUGGAAGCUGCAAGGUUUUAAAGAGGUGUCUUAAUUCAGCAACUUGAGAAGGUAUUAGAAAAAAUAGAAUCCUGCCCCCAUCUCAAGAAAGAAGUGAUGAGUGAUAAAGCAGAGGAGUCCGCUGUUGGGCCCAAAAUCCAAAUGAAACAUUGUGGAAAACCCAUCACUGAACUUCCAUUCAAGAAAAGGCUGACCAUGGUGCUGCUUUCAAUGAGAGAGGAAGUAGAGAGAUCAUCCCAGCCUGAGGGCUCAGCCAUGUCUUUGGAAGAUGAAUAUGAAAUAGUCUCCAAAUUGCUUGAAGGAGUGCAAGGACCUCCAGAAGUACAGAAAAAAUUUUUUGUAUAUGCCAUGAAGGAAGCAGCAAGUUCCUCUCCGUCGUGGGAGCUGUCACACAGUUCCAGCUUCAAGAGGGAGUGUUGUUGGGCCCAUGUGGACAGUGCCUGGGAUGAAGCCCACGCAGGCGACUAUAUAAACUUGAAGGGCCCUGCCUGGCAGUGCGCAGAUCUCCUCGUGGGGCCGCCCAGGACCAGCCUGGAAGUGAUGAGUGAUAAAGCAGAGGAGUCCGCUGUUGGGCCCAAAAGCCAAGUGAAACGUUCUGGAAAAUCCAUCACUCCGCCUCCAUUUAAGAAAAGGCUGAGCAUGCCGCUGCUGUCAGUGAGAGAGGAAGGAGAGGGAUCAUCCCAGCCUGGGGCCUCAGCCGUGUCCUCGGAAGAUGAUGAGCCCAAGGGCACAGCAACGUCUGUGUGGGAAGAUGUGCCAGAUCAACUGCCAAUACCAGUGAAAAUCAAUAUGGAAAUAAAACUGCAAUUGAAGAAGGAAAUCCGAUAUUUUGAAGGAAAAUAUGGAAAAAUCCUCAAAUUGCUUGAGGGAGUGCAAGGACCUCCGGAAGUGCACAAAAAAUUUGCUGUAUAUGCCAUGAAGGAAGCGGCAAAAUUUAAAAGAGAAGGCUUAAUAAGUCACCUUGAGAAGGUACUAGAGAAAAUAGAACGCGACCAGUUUCUCAACAAAGGUGAUGGCUCCCCAAGCUUUUAAUCCCGUUAUGGCAAUCAUCAAUGAGAAAGCAGAGCCAAUUGGCUGUCCUGGAAUGCGACCAGAUAUUGUUGAUGGCUCCUAGCAUGAUUAGCUAAGAAAUCGUCUUCUUGGGGCUAAGGAAAAGCGUUGCAACUUUCAUGUUAUAAGUUUCUGUUAGUAAAAGUUGGC